AGCACCGUACCCGUAGCGUUCCCUGGGAGCUACGCAUGCGCACUAGGGCUGUAUCUGUCAGCGCAGUAAAGGAGCAGAACAUGGAUAGCGGGGAGGCUCAUGCUCAGCGGCCAGUCACGUUGGACAUCACGGUGGAAGAUGUAACCAAGGAGGCCCCGGACCCUCUGGAGCCAGCCAGCAUCCAGACCCCCUCCAGAGACCCUGCUCCCCAGGUAGACAGCAUCGACCUGGGCGGUGAGUUUGUUUCCCCCCAGGAGGACAGCAGCGCCACGCCUUCAGAGAGCCUGAUGGACAAGCUCAACGACCAGAUGAUGGAGAGCGUCAUGAUUUCUGACUCCCCUAAUAACAGUGAGGAGGACGAAGUGGCUCCCAUGGACUCCUUUCUGGAUGGAGUCGAGGAGGAGGAGGAGCAGGAGGAGGAGGAGGAUUCACCGGAGACGUCAGGCGACAAGGAGGAACAAAGUAAAAUUGGACACAAUACAACUGAGAUUACAUUUUCACUGGAGGAACAGGAGCCAAGUGGUUCUGUGGAGAAAGUAGUUGAAGGCACGAAGGAGCCGGCAGACACACAUGAGCAGGUCGCAGUCUGUGUUGCACCUCAAGGUGACGCACAGAGUCCUCCUGACCUUAACAGUGAGGACCCAGCACCUCAAGAAGACGAAGGGACAGGCCCAAAAGAGGAAGCUGUGCCGGUGUGCACCAUAUUCAGCCAGGGCAACCAGCCGAAGUCUCUUGUGCCUGAUGGCUUCCAGCCCACCCUCAUCAAGUCCCCCAGCUUCAGCAUGGGGAGUGGUGGAGGAGCUAGUGAGGCAGUGACCCCCAGCAAGCUGACUGCCCCCCUCGUGUGUCAGCCCAGCCCCAGCCUCAGUAAGUUCUUCACUGACAAUGGACAGGUCAACCCAGCCUCCGACUUCUUCGAUUCCUUUACCGUCCCCUCCAACUUCAUCUCUGUUUCAAACCCAAAUGCUGAAAUCCCUCCCGGCCCCAGCCCAGCAGCCAUAGCCCCCACCCCCGAGCGCCAGCGCUCUUCAACCUCCUCCUCAAUCUCCACCCCUGGAGGACCUCUGGACUCUGGUGCUCCCACCCCUAUCUCAGUGUUUGGCCCAGCCCCUACAGAAUCCACCGCCAAGGCCUCACCUUCUCUGCCCCAAGCAGCCCCUCCAACUCCAGCCGCCGCCCCCCCAGCCCCUCAGCCGCAGCCCUUCAACCAGCUCCAGGCCGUGUUCUCGGGCAGCGACGACCCAUUUGCGACGGCACUGAGCCUGAGUGAGGUGGACAGACGCCAUGAUGCCUGGCUGCCAUCCGAGGAGACCAGGAAGUUGUUGAUCUCUGUGGCCACUCAGCAGUACAGCCCAGCCUAUGUAGAGACCAACAGACUCUCCAUGCCUGGACUGAAGUUCGACAACCUUCAGGGUGAUGCUGUAAAAGACUUGAUGCUUCGUUUCCUGGGGGAACCGGCAGCGAUGAAGCGUCAGGUCCUCACCGCCAACUCUGUGGAGCAGUCCUUCACAGGCCUCAAACGGCUCAUCAGCAGUAAAAACUGGCGGGCCGCGGUGGAUCUGACGGGCCGGCUGCUGACAGCUCAUGGUCAGGGAUAUGGAAAGGCCGGCCAGCCAACCUCCCACACCACCGACUCACUGCAGCUCUGGUUUGUGCGGCUGGCCCUCCUCACCAAGCUGAACCUCUUCCAAAACGCUGAGCUGGAGUUCGAGCCCUUUGGCAACCUGGACCAGCCCGACCUCUUCUACGAGUACUACCCAACUGUUUACCCUGGGAGGAGAGGCUCCGUGGUGCCGUUCUCCAUGCGGCUGCUGCAUGCCGAGCUUCCCCAGUACCUGGCCAAGCCCCAGGAGGCUCUGGACCGCCUGCACAAUCUCAAAACCGUCUGCCUGGCUAUUCUGGAGAACUUGGAGAAAGGCUUGGCUGAGGAUGGCAGCAUGAUCACCUUAACACAGGAGAACAGGCAAGUGUCUCUAAAGCUGUGGAGGUCUCGCCUCAGCCGGGUCAUGUACUCCAUGGCCAACUGUCUACUGCUGAUGAAGGACUAUAUUCUGGCUGUGGAGACCUAUCACUCCAUCAUCCAGUAUGAACCCCAGCAGAGAGUGCAGCUGCUCAGCGGCAUAGGACGCAUCUUCUUGCAGAUAGGAGACGUUAAAACGGCAGAGCGGUACUUCCAGGAUGUGGAGAAGGCCUGCCAGAUGACAGGGAGCCAGCCCGGCCACACAACAUGCGUGCUGAUGAACAGGGCCUUUGUGUCCCUCAGUCAGAACAACUACACUGAAGCACACGCGUCCUUCGCCGAAGUCUUGAAAAUGGACCCGAAAAACCCCGUCGCCAACAACAACGCCGCGGUUUGCCUGCUCUACCUCGGCCGCCUGAAGGAGUCCCUGGGCCAGCUGGAGGGCCUGGUGCAGCAGGACCCCGCGCUCUACCUCCACGAGAGCGUCCUCUUCAACCUGACCACCAUGUACGAGCUGGAGUCGUCACGCAGCACCCAGAAGAAGCAGGCUCUGCUGGAGGCCGUGGCCUGCCGGGAGGGGGACAGCUUCAACGCACAAUGCCUCAAACUGGUCUGAGAGGCGAGACACGUGAACUGGGAGAGGACACACACACACACACACACACACACACACACACACACACACACACACACACACACACACACACACACACACACACACACACACACACACACACACACACUACUGCACUCUCAUAAUCUGUAGAGGAGUAGAAAGCUCACACUAGCUGGUGGAUUAAUACUCUGCAAAGGGAAUGGCCCUAGAAAAAACAAAAUAAAAUCCUCUGUGUGCGUAGAAGUCCAUGUUCAUUUUACAGAUUAAAUAGUUUGACAUUUUGGAAAAUUUGCUUUCUUGCAAUGAGUCAGUCGGGAAGAUCGAUACAACUUUUGUGUUUGUACCGUAACACAAACACACACUGGAAGUGAGUAUUCAUGAAGAAUAUUUAUAUUUAGUAAGGGGGGAUGGUUUGAUACCAGGCUUUAAUUUUCCUCCUUUCUUUGUCACUUGAAAAUGUUACGCUGAUGACAUCUGAAUCAUAGUGAUAAGGAGGUUGUUUAGCAAGCUUUAGCAGCUUUUUACCUCGCUGUAGGGAGUUUUAUUAUUUUUUAGGUCCGGAAAUAUUAUGCACUUGUUGGCUUAUUAACUUCUUGCAGUAUAAACAGAGGAGCUCACCUUGCAAUGGUCCCCAAAAAUAAAUUGUCAUUUUCAAAGGCUAACCAUCCCCCCCCCUUCUUCAAGCAUUUGUGCUAACCAGCUGCUAGCUCUAGUUUCAUAUUUAGCAUGCAGAGGUAUCGAUCUUCUCAUCCAGAUCUCUGUAAGAAGGCAAAUGAAACUUCCCAAGAACCUCAAACUGUUGCUCUAAUAAAAUGUAUUCGAGCGAUUCCGGUCCCACCACCGCAGAGGAGCCGUCAAAUGAUGCGUUGUGAGAUCAGAACACAGAUGUACAUUGCACUACAGACUGGCAGUGGUUUUAAGGGAGUAUAGGCUCAUAAUGUGGGUCUUGAUGCGGGCAUUAUCCUGAGCUUCAGUGUGCUUUAAGACUAAACUACCACAGAGGUCCAGAGCUUCUGUCAUACUGGACUAACAGUCCAAGACCACCAGAAUCCAGCUGCCAGCUUUAUGAAUUCAUGCAGUGAAAUCAGAUAAACCCUUCAGAUUGCAUUGUAUCCUGAUCACUUAACAAAAACUGUAACAUAUUAGGAAUCCAAAAUUGUACAUAUCAGAUCUGGGGUUUUUUUGUUUAUGUGAUUAUAUCAAAAAAUUAUCUUGUUAAAUCUUUUAUUGCUUUGUCCUAGUGGAUCUUUAAUUAUGGCAUAUUGUGUUGAUCAUAUUUAUGUAUAUUAAAUUUUGUUUUAUCCUAAAUAAAGCUG